AUGCUUGAUCAACAAAAUAUCACUGACGCUGGCAAUAUGGGUCGGGUUCGCCAGCUGGAGCUUCCAAACGACAAUCCUACCACGGUGCGGAACGCAUUUGGCAGCAUCUAUCCUGGCAAUCCCCAUACGGACGAUCUGUUACCAGCAGAGAUCUACGAUGUGGUCGUCUUUGCGAGGAAGUAUGAGAUGAUUCCCGAAUUCAAGAAGCUUGCUCCAAACUGGUUCCGCACAAGAUCUUGCGGCCACUACUUUUAUCCUGUACAUAUGUUCUUUGGUCGGGAAGAAUGUUGGUACCUGAUGAUGGCAGCGCAUUACAUGCGCCUCGAUGAUGAUGAUGAUGCCCCCGCUUAUCUCCAUCUUGCAUUCUCCGAACUGAGCGAGCGACUGGUGAGGGAUGAAAACCCAUAUCACAACGCCCGCUUGGUAGAAUCGGGGCCAGAUGCUCACGAGAUUGAAGUCAAUAUCUACCGUAAGACAUUCUCCCUCCUUCAUAGUGCACAACUGACUUGGAUUGAUGCCAGGCUCGAUUCGUGA